UCUCUUCUUUCUUGUCUUGUAACUUGUCUUGUAAAGAAGAAGAAGAAGAAGAGGAAAAAGAAAGAGAUGGGAAGAGCUCCAUGUUGUGAUAAGGCAAAUGUGAAGAAAGGACCAUGGUCACCUGAAGAAGAUAGUAAGCUCAAGGAGUACAUUGAGAAGAAUGGAACUGGUGGUAAUUGGAUUGCUCUUCCUCACAAAGCUGGAUUGAAAAGAUGUGGGAAGAGUUGUAGACUAAGAUGGCUGAACUACUUAAGACCAAACAUCAAGCAUGGUGAGUUCUCUCCAGAAGAAGACAACAUCAUCUUCACUCUUUUUGCCACCAUUGGUAGCAGGUGGUCAAUAAUAGCAGCACAACUUCCUGGAAGAACAGACAAUGAUAUCAAGAAUUAUUGGAACACAAAGCUGAAAAAGAAACUGCUUGGGAUCACACCUCCAACUCAUCCAAGAAACAACCAAGUGUUUUUCCCACCUUCUCUUCAACCCAACCUCAUGAUCACUAGUACUCCACCUCCUCCUCUUCUCCAUCCUCCUAAUUAUAAUAAUCAUCCUCUUGUGUUUGGAUGUGAUCUUUAUGAUCAUCAUCAUCAACAACCAAGUUGUAGUUAUGUGAAACAAGAGUUGGGAGUUGAGUUUAUUAAUGGUGGUGGUGGUGAUCAUCAGAUCAUUAAUAAUGUUAAUAAUAAUAUGAGUUUUGGAGGUGAUGAAGGUUCAUUAAUGGAGGUUAAUGAAGGUGUGUUUUGGGAUCAUGAUGGUGAGAAUGGUGGUGUUUUGAGUGGAAACAAAUGCAGUACUGGUUUGAACUUGAAGAACAUGUACUAUUUCUAG